AUGCCAGACCCGUCCAAAUCGGCUCCUGCGCCCAAGAAGGGUUCUAAAAAGGCUGUCACCAAGGCACAGAAGAAAGACGGCAAGAAGCGCAAGCGCGGCCGCAAGGAGAGCUAUUCUAUCUACGUGUACAAGGUGCUGAAGCAGGUGCACCCCGACACCGGCAUCUCGUCCAAGGCCAUGGGCAUCAUGAACUCCUUCGUCAAUGACAUCUUCGAGCGCAUCGCCAGCGAGGCCUCCCGCCUGGCGCACUACAACAAGCGCUCCACCAUCACGUCCCGCGAAGUGCAGACGGCCGUGCGCCUGCUGCUGCCCGGCGAGCUGGCCAAGCACGCCGUGUCCGAGGGCACCAAGGCUGUCACCAAGUACACCAGCUCCAAGUGAGGCGUUCCCCGGCGUCCUGAACCCAAAGGCUCUUUUCAGAGCCACCCACACGAUCGAGAAAGGGUUUCGAACACGGUGACGGGUUAUGUAACCUAAUAUGUCUCCAUGUACCCUAGCGGUUGCCGGGUGCGGCCGAAUCUGAGCCGUGUGUGUGUGUGUGUGUGUGUGUGUGUGUGUGUGUGUGUGCGCGCGCGCGCGCGCGCGCGCCGGCGAACGAGAAAAACUGCUCGUUACAGAAAUCGGGGUAGAAACAGUGCUCAGGUGAUGUAGCUCAGUAAUGUUGGGAGGCGAUCAAGGACCCCCCACUCCCUCCCUCCGCACAGAGCUAUUAACUCACGACGAGAUUUUUUUUUUUUUUUUUUUUGAGUCUCGCUCUGCCGCUAGGCUGGAGUGCAGUGGCGCGUUCUCGGCUCACUGCAACCUCCGCAUCCUGGGUUCAGGCUAUUCUCGUGCCUCAGCCUUACGAGUAGCUGGGAUUACAGGCACGCGCCACCACGCCCGGCUAAUUUUUUUUAUUUUUAGUAGAGACGGGGUUUCACCAUGUUGGCCAGGAUAGUCUCGAUCUCCUGACCUGGUGAUCCAUCCGCCUCUGCCUCCCAAAGUGCUGGGAUUACAGGCGUGAACCACCGCACCCGGCCCCAAAUGUCUUUUAUAAGCAAGUGGUGCAUUCCUGGAUGCUGAGCGCUUGCGCCCGAUUCAGGACCGGGUCCAGCUGAACUUGGCGUGCGCCGUGCAGGUGAGGGGUGCGGGUCAUCUCCCCCAAAAGACCCUGUGCCAACCUCCCCAACCCUACCCCCCCCAUGGGCGAGGCCAGACGUGGCGCAAGACCACGGGCUCUGAUGCCAUGGGUGUUGUCAGUUUCCCCUGGCAGUGGUGCCUGGCUCUGCAUUUGCUUAAGACUUUUCCAUCCCUGCCUGGACCAGAGAGACAUGUUUAGAUUUAAGCAAUGAACAUUCCGGGAGGAUAUUUUCCUGGCAGGAUACUGCGAUGGCAGAAUGUUUGAUACCGAAUCGAAGCACGGCGUCAAAGCAGCGCCCUGAGCGGGGGAGCCGGAUAUAAUAAGCGACCCCAGCUGCCGGUAACUUUAACCCUUAUGGGAGUGGGGGUGGGGGAAGGGGUUUAUUUAGGAGGAAAGGAAUUCCCUUUUUCUGAGCAAAUGUAGCUGCCUCCCUCUUCAGCCACAUUAUUUUCUGCGAGGCGUUAGCAACACAGAAUUCCUUUCCUACCCCCUCCAAAUUCACGGCAUUUAUUUGGGGAGUGCCAUUUUGGCGCAGGAAAGCUCUUUGGCACGAAGAGUUUUCGCUCUGAAAAGGGCAUCGUUUACGUUUUCAUGACUUGGCUUUUCUUUAGAAAAAGAAGAUUUCCAGUAACUGCAUCCUCAAACCGUUGUGAAAAUUCGAAGUGUUGAGCGUUUGUGUUACCCUUUCCAGCAGGGAAUAAAAAUUCAAUAAAGUUAAAUGAGAAAUAA